GCCGGUGGAGGAAGGUGCCGCCACUGAAGAGCUGCUCGCGCACAACCGCGAGGUCCCGACAGCAGCGCGAGCGAUGCUAGUGUGCGGAGAAACGGACUGAAGAGACCGAAGAGAGAAGCAGUUCCGCCCGGGCACCGUCUACUUCCAGCAAACACACGCGCGCACACAGCCAGCAGCAUGUCGGUGCUCGCCCUGCAAGAGUACGAAUUCGAGAGACAGUUCAACGAGGACGAAGCCAUCCGAUGGAUGCAGGAGAACUGGAAGAAGUCCUUUCUCUUCUCUGCACUCUACGCUGCCUGUAUCCUGGGGGGCCGCCAUGUCAUGAAACAGAGGGAGAAGUUUGAGUUGAGAAAACCGUUGGUGCUAUGGUCACUCACUCUUGCUGUAUUCAGUAUAUUUGGUGCCAUCCGUACUGGGAGUUACAUGAUGUACAUUCUGAUGACGAAAGGGCUUAAACAGUCUGUUUGUGACCAGAGUUUCUACAAUGGGCCUGUCAGCAAGUUCUGGGCAUAUGCCUUCGUACUCAGUAAAGCACCAGAACUGGGUGACACUCUCUUCAUUGUCCUGAGGAAACAGAAGCUCAUCUUCCUCCAUUGGUACCACCACAUCACCGUGCUGCUCUACUCCUGGUAUUCUUACAAAGACAUGGUGGCCGGCGGCGGAUGGUUCAUGACCAUGAACUAUUUGGUCCACGCCGUCAUGUACUCUUACUAUGCCUUGAGAGCGGCCGGCUUCAAGGUGUCGCGCAAGUUCGCCAUGUUCAUCACACUAACCCAGAUCACCCAGAUGCUGAUGGGCUGUGUGGUCAACUACCUGGUGUACUCGUGGAUGCAGCAGGGCCAGGAGUGUCCAUCCCACAUGCAGAACAUUGUGUGGUCGUCCCUCAUGUACCUCAGCUACUUUGUGCUCUUUGUCCAGUUCUUUUUUGAAGCCUACUUCAGCAAGUCCAAAUCAUCGGCUGCGGCUGUCACCAAGAAAAGCGAGUAAAAAGAAAAUGCCAUAAGUAUGCGAAGAAGGGAGAUGAUGGAAAAAAGGGAGUUGGAAAUGGAUAGCGGGGACCAGUGGCUUGAGAGAUAAAUGGGCGUGGAUGGCAGAGGUGUGGAAUGGAGGCUGGGGAAGUGAGGGUUUAGAGGGGGUGGGAGGGUCACGAAGUGGUUGGUGUUUGUGCUUGAGCAUUACUACUAAUGUGCAGAUCUAAAAAACCUCAUUGGAGGUGAUGUCUCCCUUGAGGGAUGCUGAGGAUUCAGCGCCACCGUAAUCAAAAGCCAUCCAAUUGAAUUGUCCACCUAAGGUUUAAAAGCCUCUCUAGUUUUCAAACCUAAACGAUAACAAAAGGAUCAAAUUGUAGAAUUACAUCUGCCACAAGCAUAAGUUUACUUAUUAUUGAAAUAAAAAAAUAAAGAACGUACAUAUGAAGAUGGAUGGAGCUGACGUUAACGUGAACCAUCCAAGUAUGUUUUAUCUGUUGUCAGUGUUUGUUGUUUUGAUUUGAUCUGUCAAAGUAAACGUUUGAUACUGGUGAGUGAAUGAGGCUGAAGUGUUGGUGGCUGGUGUGAACUGAUGGGGUGAACGGCACUGUAUCGUCUGUGUCUUACAUUGCAAAAUGCGAUAUUUUUCUCAGGUCUUAGGUUAUCUCUUUCGUAAUAUAAUAUGCAUAUCAAGACAAAGUAGACAUGUUUAACAUCUGCACCAGUUUACAGUAUGGCUGAAUUUCAUCUAGAAUGGCUGCGUAAUUGAAAAAAAGCAUGAAUGAAGCUGAAUGACUGAGAUGAUCACACUGCUCCUGGCCAUGAUGGGAAACAGAUGCUGACAGUGCCCUGCUUCACCUCGUGUCAUGAACCUUGUUAAAGUUGCCGACCACACUUGGAAAAUGACUUGCCAUUGAUUUCCAGACGCUUCUAUGUGUUGAAGGGUCCCUACCAGUGAAGAAAAAACAGUCUGUUGGACACAGAAGGCUUAAAUGAAGGACAAACAUAUUUAUGUUUAGCAAAAGAAAAAAAAAAUCAAACAUGCAAAUUGUCAAAAAUCUGCUGUAUUGAAAAAAAUAGUAUGUAUCCUUAAUAGUGUCUGUUGUGCUAUUGUGCAUUUGCACUGUAUCAAUGUCAAAAAAAAAGCAAUUGUUGCUGAAAAACUUAACGUAUGAACAAAGAGUGCAAAAAUGUGACAUGCCUGUGGUGUUUAUUUUUUUUUUGUCUCAGCUGCGACAUCCUGGCAUUGCAUUCACAGAACCCUGUUUUUGGUGCUGAACAUGAAAAGCCAUUUUAAAGGAGCAGUGUGCAGGAUUUAGUGGCAUCUAGUGGUAAGGUUGCAGAUUUUACCCAGCUCCCUCACCACUACCUCUCUAAGUGUGUAGGACAACUUACAGUGGUCAUACUUAAAAUCAUGAAAGGCACUCUCCAGAAGCAGUGUUUGAUUGUCUGUUCUGGGCUUUUGUAGAAACUUGGUAGUGCAAUGUGGAAGAGCACCUGGUCCCUUUGUAGAUAUUAAGGGCUCAUUCUAGCUAAGGCAAACACAAUGAUACGCAGUUACAGCCGAUUGUACAUGAAAAUACAAGUAUGACGACUGUACUCUGCUAACAAAUCUCUCUAAAUCAUACACACUGGUCCUCUAAGGGCUAUCUGGCAUUUUUACAAGUGACAUUAUUCCGAAUGGCCAGAGGAUCAGUACUUCUAGAUAUCCAGUACAUGUGUUCAUCAGUUUUAAUGAUUAGACAGUUUGCUUGCAUGCAUGCAAAACGUUAUUCAGUGUAGCAGCAGCAAUGUUACGGUUCUGUUUCAUACCUGACUGCUCCAGCAUAUCACUGAUUCCACCUGUGCUAUUGAGGUAAAUGUGUGUCAACACUGGAUAGAACUGGCUGGCAGCAGGUAUAAACAGCAUACAUGAUUGGAGUGACUUAUCCAAUAAAACAUUCCAUAUUUACUACUGGACCUGCAUUCAAAACUGUUCACAUCGACUGUACUGGCCUCCCCUUAGAGGUACUGUUGUGCAAUAAAGCUUAAUCAUUGAGACUAA